UGAGGGGGCGGGGCACGGAUGGUUUGAGCCUGUGAGGAAAAAAAAAGGGAAGAAAAUAGAGCCGGAGCGGUCGCGAGUAAACAGCCCGGGACCAGGGAGAGAGAGUGGCAGCACCGUGUCUGAGUGUCCUUCUGUCGGCAUGUGUAUGAGGUAUGAGACAGAAUGUCAGUAAGCGAAAAGAGCAACACUUUGGUUUAUUCCUACGAGUCCUCUGUGCACAGUACCAGUGUUCUACUGAGCCUCAAUGAUCAAAGGAAGCAAGACCUUUUUUGUGACGUGACUGUGGUUGUAGAAAACAAGUCCUUUCGUGCUCACCGUUCUGUGCUUGCAGCCUGCAGUGAUUAUUUUCUGUCAACAGUGGCAUGGAAAAAAGAUCUCGACAUGCUUGUUACGCUUCCUGAGGAGAAGGAGAAAGGACCAAAGAAGAUGACUUUGGUGUUCCACAAAAGGAAAGCUAAUCCAAGAGUUACAGUUAAAGGUUUUGCACCACUUCUUCAGUUUGCAUACACUGCCAAACUUCUUUUGAACAAAGAAAAUGUGUUGGAUGUCUGUAGAAGUGUAGAAUUUCUUGGAAUCCAUAAUAUAGAAAAAAGUUGUUUCAGCUUUCUUCAAGCCAGACUCUUUGGGAAGGGCAGAGAUCAUGCAGGAUUUCCAAGAAAGGCAUGUUGUACAUCUAGUUGUCAGAAAACAAAUCUAAAAAUUCCUGUUGGUGACAAUGAAAAUUCAGAAGCCGAUGACGAUGUGGAAGAAUUCCUUGAAUCUGAAAACCCGAAGAGUCCUUGUCCCAAAUUACGUAAAUGCAUUGAAGUUGGGAAAAUUUGUCCAAAAGUUCAAAGUGAAGCCUCUGAAGUCAAGUAUUCCUGUUUGAAACAGAGUGGAUGGGCAAGUUCAUCUCUUUGCCCCAAAUACAGAAAGUUUCAGUUAGCCUGUGGGAAGGAACGACUGACGUCAUGGGGUAAUACUUUGUCAUUGCCAAAUUCUUCAUUAGAACAAAUACUUUCCAAACAGCAAAUUGAAUCUUGUCAAAGCCUGACGUUCCCCCUCGAGUCAGAGGAUGAACGUGCAAACUUUAUUGAAAAAGAUAGUGAUAGCACAUCUAUGGAGGGGGAGGGUGGAGUCUGUGAUGAAGGGAACAUUGAAAUGAAGAAGCAAAUGAAUGCAAGGUGUCCAUUAGCACAAGAUUCUACAAUUGAAGAAACACAAGGGCCAUCAUCACAAAAUAUCUCAGGUAUUCAACUUAGCUGCACUGGAGAGCAUUAUGACUUGCCUUGUUCUCAGGCAGAGCCAUUUAUCCCUUUAAUGUUGCAGUAUGAAAAUCUCCAAACGAACAGUGCUCCUCCUGCAAAUAUUGAAGAAACAAAAAUCGAAGUUAGUCGGGGAUGUGAUCAGCCAAAUGCAUCAGAAAGAGCAGGUGGAGACUCUGAGAGGAAAUCAGUUAUUUUUAGCUCAGGUUACUCUAAGAGGCAAGAGAAUCCGAUUGCAGUCUCCAGUGGACGAAGCAUUGUGGAAAGAGAAGUGGCAGAACAUUUAGCAAAAGGAUUCUGGAGUGAGCUUUGUGGUGCACCGUCUAGCUGUGAGGCUGAAUCGUUCAUUAAAGAGAAAAGUUGCCCAGGGCAGUUCAAUUUGGACAGAAUUUCUCAAUGCCCACAGUUUUCUACCGAGUCUUGCCAAACUCUUGAAGGAAGCUCACAAAGUUCUUUCCUACUGCACUAUACCUCUUCAUCAUCAAACUUACCUGAGUCUACUUAUAGCUCUUUGAAGUGCCCAUUUGCAUAUGAUACUGGAAAUUCGGUGUGUUCCAGCAGCUCAGGUAUAGAGGAGCUUGAAAGCGACCAGGGACAGCAACAAGACAAAUAUGACACAUGUACUACAAACUCAGGAGAUGAAUUUGGGUCCGAAUCAGAGGAUGACAGUGAGUCAUGUUCUGCCCGAGAACAAGAAUGUGAGGUAAAACUACCAUUUCCUGUUGAGAGAAUUACACUGUUGUCUAGAAAUGACUUUCAAACAAUGCUGAAACUGCAUAAACUGAAUCCAGAACAGUUGGAUUAUAUCCAUGAUGUACGACGCCGCAGCAAAAACAGAAUUGCAGCGCAACGUUGUCGAAAGCGGAAACUUGACUGCAUUCAAAAUCUGGAAUGUGAAAUACAUAAGCUGGAAGCCCAUUCAAAUGAGGAGGCAGAGCCUGAAUUGGAAUUCCAAGGUUCGAGUUGUCCCCUUUACACCAUGGAUGGGCAGAAGGUGCAGGAAAUAGUACUGGCUAUGGAAGGCGCAGUGAGGAACUCGAAAACCAUACAGGGAGCGCAAAAUGGCACCAUCCCCCACGUUGGGCAAUAAGCCCCAGCCAAAAUGGGCAUGAAAAUGUACAGCUCUGAUGAGAAGCAGGAAGCAGCCACAGCUUACAGACAAAUAAAAAGAAAUGACUUAGCAGCAAAAACAUGGAAUAAUGGUAACAGAGGUGGAAGCAAACAACCUUGUAAUGAAUCGAAGCUUUAAAAAAUCGAAUGUUUUUACUGUCAUUGAUACAGAUACCUCAUGAGACAUUGCAAGGAUAGAAUCAGACAGACUUUCAAUCAAAAGAAAAAACCCCAUGAGAUUCAUAACAUAGAAGAAGAACCUGAAGUAAGAGAGUCUGAUAUUUAUUCAUUAUAUAACUUAAAGGUAAAAAGAACAGGACCAAUCUAAGUAACUUUAAGGGUGAAUAAUAGGCCUUUCAGAAUGGAGGUGGAUACAGGAGAUUCCUCUCCAGUGAUAGGUGAGCAUACCUUUAAAUACCUGAAUCAUGGGGAAUGUAAAUUAAAUUUGGAAGAAAUGGAUGCCAAAAUCAAAGGCAUAAGCAGGGUUACUGUACAGUACGGAAAUCUAUUAGUGAAAUCAGCCUUGAUGAUGAUAGCAGGUGAGGAGCCAAAUCUCCUUGGAUGAAACUUGCUGAAAGAAAGUAAAUUGGGUUGGACUGAGACCUUCCAACUGAGAGCUACUGGGUUACCUGAGCUUCUACAAAAAUACACCUCAGUUUUUCAAGAUGAACUCAGGAUGAUCAAAGGGCUGCAAGCAAAAAUUCAUGUUGAUCUAGGCUUUUCCUUCUGAUUUAUGAAGGCAAGACCAGUACUUUAUGCAAUACAGGAAAAGGUAGAUGCUGAAUUGGAUAGUUUAGAGAGACUGGGAGUGAUAGGACCUGUGCAGUUCUCAGAAUGGGUAGCACCAAUAGUACCCAUACUUAAGCCUGACCAAAGCGUUCGAAUUUGUGGCGACUACAAAUUGAUUGUUAAUAAAGCAGCUAAGUUGGACAGACAGCACAUCCAAAAAUUGAAGACUUGUAUGAUAAGCUGGCAGGUGGAACCGUCUACACAAAGCUUGAUUUGAACCAUGCUUACCAACAAAUGGAGUUAGAGAAGAUCUCCCAAAGUUUGUCACAAUUAAUGCACACAAAGGAUUGUACCAAUUUACCCAUUUGUCUUUUGGUGCCAUAUUCCAAGGACAAUGAAAAUUUACUGCAGGGAUUGCCUCAUGUUGUAGUUUAUUUAGACAAUGUUCUGGUGACAGGACUCACUGAAAAGGACGAUUUGGCAAACUUGGAAGAUGUUUUGAAGUGUUUUUCACAGGUGGGAGUGCAAUUAAAAAAAAGAAAAGUGCAUGUUCCAAGCAAAAGAGAGAGUCUAUUUAGGUCACAGGGUAGAUGUACAGAUUCUCCACCCGGUUGAAGAAAAUGUGAGAGUCAUCAGAGAGGAACCAGCACCAAGGAAUACCUCUGAGCUCAAUUCAUUUUUGGGGAUAAUCAAUUACUAUUGAUGCUUUUUGCUUAGUUUGUCGACAGAACUGGCACCCCUGUCUUACCUACUCAAGAAAAACCAACCUUGGUCUUGGCAAACACCACAGAAAGAAGCUUUCACAAAAGUGAAACAGCUGUUGCAUUCAUCCACCCGAUUAAUACAUUUUGACCAAAGAAAAGAGUUAGUUCUGACAUGUGAUGCAUCUCCUUAUUGAGUGGGAGUAGUGCUCUACAUCGAAUGGACAAUGGCUCAGAAUGACCUAUUGGAUAUGUGUCAAGAAUGCUCAACACAGUGGAAAAGGCAUACCCAGAAAAAAAGGACUGUCAAUCAUCUUUGGUGUCAAGAAAUUUCACCAGUAUGUACGCGGUCAUCAUUUUACUAUUGUUUUGGACCAUAAGCCUUUGCUAGGAUUGUUCAGCGAGGACAAGGCUAUAGCACCCAUAGCCUCAGCAAGAAUACAGAGAUGGGCGUUGAUUUUGGCAGCACAUGAGUAUACUUUCAUCCACAGAUCUGGAAAUCAGAUUGCAAAUGCUGAUGCGAAAGAAAACGAUGAGAAUGUUCCAGUUCCUCAAGAACUCGUUUUAUUAUUGAACUCCUUAGAUUCAUCACUGGUAUGUGCUAGACAGAUCACAGACUGGACAAGCUGAGACCCAGUCUUAUCCAAAGUACAAGAACAAGUUCUUCACGGUUGGUCACAAGAACAGGAAUCUGAUGAAAUGAAGCCGUAUUUUCACAGAAGAUAUGAGAUAACCAGCCAGGAUGUUAUCUUAUUAUGCGGAGCUAGAGUGAUUGUUCCUCCAAAAGGACGAAAGCCAUUGCUAACUGAACUACAUAGUGCACAUCCAGGUAUUUGCCAAAUGGCGGCCAUAGCAUGCAGCUGUCUGUGGUGGCCUGGAAUGGAUGGAGAAAUAGAGAGCUUAGUGAGAAGUUGUAUGCGGGGUCAGCAAAUGCAAAAGUUACCUCCAAUAGCUCCGUUACACCUGUGGGAGUGACCAGGAAGGCCAUGGGUGCGAUUGCAUAUUGACUAUGUGGGACCUUUUAUGGGAACAAUGCUUCUCCUUAUUGUUGAUUCCCACUCAAAAUGGUUGGGUGCAUAUGAGGUAAAGUCACCAACAUCAUCUGUUACAAUUGACAAGCUGCAACAAAGUUUUGCCAUCAACGGACGACCAGAAGUGGGUAGUAUCAGACAAUGGCGCUGUUUCAACAGUUUAUCAACCUCCAUGGUAUUACUCAUAUAAAAACUUCACCAUACCACCCUUCUUCAAAUGGACUGGCAAAGUGAGCAGUUCAAACAUUCAAAAAUGGUACGAAGAAAUUAAAUGGAGACUCCAUAGCGACCAAGUUAGCACAUUUUCUUUUCCAUUAUAGGACCACCCUCACAUAACAACAGGUGUUACACCUGCGGAAUUGUUGAUGAAUCACCGUCUCAGGAUGAGAUUGAGCUUAGUAAUGCUAAUUUAGGGGGAAGGUGGAAAGGAGUCAGGGAAGUCAGAAAAUUGUACAUGAUUGGCAUAGUCGUGACAGAAAGUUUACCGUAGGAGCGACGGUAUAUGUGAAAAAUUUUGGUGAAGGAUCUAAAUGGUUAUUAGGUGAAGUAAGUGAAGUCACUGGACCUCUUUCUUACCAUGUGAAAGUAGAAGACUGAAUCAUAUGGAGACAUAUAGAUCAUAUAAGGCGGAGAGAAACAAAGUAUCAGGAAAUGAUUCCUCCAGUGUUCACGAUGCAUCAGCAUCUCCUGUUGAAAUAACUCAGCUGAGUACAGAUGUGUUUGAAGCAUCGGCUGUACCUGCAAAAGUUGAGGAAACAGAUUUGCAGGUGCCCACCAAAGAACCUGAUGAUUGGACAACACCAGAAAAGCAGAUUCCUGCCAAAAGAUUUGAAGCUGUAAAGCUGAGACGUUCUACAUGCAUAAGGAAACCACCAGAAAGACUGCAUUUGUAAAUUACUUAUCUGUGCAAAUAAUUUGAUGUUUUGAGAAAAAUUGUAAUUGUAACUGUAAAAUGUGUUUCUGAAGAAGAAUGUUAUAAUGGAAGAUCACAUGAUCUUAUUAUCUAAUGACACAGUAGUGCAGGCUACCUGAGUAGUCUGUACUCUGUAGUCAGUAGUCUAGAGUCUGUAAUGUGGAGACAGGUUUUAGUUGUAAGUACACAAGUGUAGCUGCCGGGUUCCUUUGUAAAUAAAUAAAAUGUGUUUUACAUAAGAAAUGUCUACUGAUCUGCUAACUCUAUGGUACCAACUCGAUCAUCCCAAAACAAGUGUGCAAUAGGAUCCAAUAGCCCAACUAAACUAGUGACCAAGGAUCCAACAAGAAUAGGUGGCUUACAGGAGUGAUGGAUGCUGGAUACAGUUCAAUGCAGAAAAAUGUGGAGUGCUUUAUUUUCAAAAGAGCGAAAAGGAGCAUAGGCUGAAUGACAAGAUGCGUAUGAGAGAGAUUGAUAUCUUUAAAGGGAGGAGUUCAGACUUUAAAAAGGCAAAUGGAGUUCCAAGUUUCAUGUAUAAGGGAAUUGAAUGUAAAAGGAAGGAGGUGAUUAUAGUAUAGCCAAUGUCAUGCACAAUUGGAGUAUCACCAAGGACCAUAGUCUGUCAGGGCCUUCAGUUCAAUAGGGCCCAUAGUUCACUAAAGCUUUAAAUUGUAGGAGAGAAGAACAGGAAUGUCAUGAAGUAGUACUCUAUUGACAUGAGCUUGAGCUUUAAUGUACAUAAAUUGUAGGAAGAUGACUGAGUGAGCUAAUUCAUUGCAUCGAUUUGGGCUCCUGGGAGAAAUAUGCUUUACAAGUUGUUAGAGGUUUAAGACUAUCAUAUAUCAACUAUUGAUGCGUGUGAGACAGUCAUUUUCAGUAGUGCAUUUUCUUCAUCCACAAUUAGUCAUUUAAUUAAUAAAUCACUUAGCACUUAUCUGACCUCCAAAUUGAUUCGUCAUCUUUUUCAAACAGCUGCCAGGGAGAACAAUAUUGGCCAUACUUGGGUAAGUAAGGACAAACUCUUUGUUUUUAACUGUUUUAAUGUAGAAAUCAGGUAUAUUCUCCCCCUUUUUUGAUCAAAUUAAAAUGCAUUUUUAAAUGCAAGUAGUAUUAAAGACUCAACCUUCAAAAGUAUCUUUGUUCUAAUCCAACUACAGGUACACUGCAUUCCCUAACUCAGUUCAGCAAGAUUGCAUAGUACUGUACUUAAGGACCCUUAGAAGAGAAAGUAAGAGUCAUCUGCUGCUACAAUUUACCCUGUAAUCUGUAGGUACAGACCAUUUCUAAAACAAAUUUAAAAUAACAAUGAAAAUCUUAUUAAUCUACUCGUAAAUUAAAUUAGCCAAUGGGCAGGAAGAGGUACAGUCAUGUGCUCAUGUGAAAAUUUGAGUUUUUUUUUGGUUCAUUCAUGUGGUCCCAGCAUUAUUGCCCAUGCCUAAUUGUCCUUGAGAAGGUGAUGAUGAGCCAGCCAUAGCAGUCCAUGUUAUUAAUGCAUUCCUACAGUGCUGUUAGAAAGGAAGCUCUGGACUUUGACCCAGAGACAUGAAGGUAUCUCAGUAUAUUUCCAAAUCAUUAUGGUGUGUAACUUGGAGGGGAACUUCUGAGUGGUGGUGUUCCCAUGAACCUGCUGCCCUUGUCAUUCUUGGUGGUAAAGGUUGGAGUUUGAAAGGUGCUAGCAAAGGAGGGAAUUGCUUCAGUGCAUCUUGGAGAUGGUACAUACUGCUGUCUCUGUGCACCGGUGGUGGAGGGAAUGAACAUUUUUGAUAAUGGGUGGGGUCUCUGCCUUGUAGAUAGAGGACAGGCUUUAGGGAGUCAGGAGGUGAGUUACUCCCUGCAAAAUUCCCAGCCUCUGACUUGCUCUUGUAGCCAAGGUAUUUAUGUGGCUAGUCCAGUAAGCCUCUGGUCCAUUGUAACCUCCAGGAAGUCGAUGGUGUUGGAUUCAGUGAUGGUAAUGGCAUUGAGUGUCAAGGGAGAUGGUUAGAUUCUCUCUUGUUGGAGAUGGUCAUUGCUUGGAACAUGUGUGGUGUGAAUGUUAUUUGCCACUUAUUACA